AUGGAACCAAGGAGUUUCAGAAGAUUUCACCUGAAUACGAUUGAUUCAGCUGAAUCCACGUACAUGAUAUCUUCCUUCAACGGAGUUAUCUGUUGUGUUAAUCGGGUCAGGGUCAGAGAUGCAAACGAAUUCUGUGAUCUAAAGAUAUGGAUAGUUAACCCUUGUACAGGGGAAACUCUGCUUCUUCCCCAAAGGAGACCUUCGUUUCAGUUUCAGCCAAGUGUUGGAGUUGCUUAUGGCUCCACUGACUACAAAGUUUUCCGUAUAUACUGCUCUGGAAAGAAAGUUCCUGAAGAAAUGGUAUUUGAGAGAUAUGAUUUCCGUGAAGGUCAAUUGGAUACGGUGUACCGUUACACUCUCGCUUAUGAAUGUGAGGUGUAUUCAUCCAUCACUGGUGUUUGGGAAAACAUAGGCCAUGUGCCGUGCGUUCCAAUGUAUCUCCAUCUUAGCCCGUUUAGCUGUGGCCAUGUAUUUGUGGGAGGAAAGAUUUAUUGGAUGUCUUCCUUAGAUGAUGAAGGUGCAAUCCUUAGUGUGGAUCUUGAAGGGAGGUUUGAGGUUAUUCAGUUGUCUCUUUAUGAAGGUGAUCAAAAAGAGGAAGACAUGAUCACUGAAGCAACUUAUCUCAUUAAUUUACAAGGAUGUCUCUCUGUUGUUAUUCUACAUCCUGAGCACAUGGAUGUGUGGAUAAGAAUGGGAAGCGGGGAAAAUGUUAGUUGGAUUCUUCUAUGCCAAGAUACUACUCCCGUCGGUGACAAUGACAUUGUUUUAGCCAUGACUUGUUUAGAGAACAAGAUCAUAUGCGUGACUGAGGAGAAAUGGUGUUGUUAUAAUAUAGAUACUAGAAGGUGGAAGAGGACUAAUCAUGGUGGACUUGUGAACCACCCAACGGUGUAUCCUUUCACCGAGAGUUUUCUUCCAUGUAUAGUUUGUAUACAAUGUUUUAUUCUUUGUUUGCUUUAUUUAUCGGUUUUGAUUCCUUGUUCUCUUUUUCUUUUUUUUUUUAUUAUUGAAUCAGGCAGUGGGAUGCUGUAG